AUGUCGAUAUGCUUCUUGAAGCGGACAUCUUUUAUCGCUUGUUGUGUAUUGGUCAAAUUUCUUCUCCAAAAAGUGGACAGCCGGUGCUCCAAAAGAACCGGAAGGACGCCCAGUAAAGCAGUUAAUAAACAACUAGCGUGCAAUUUAUCUGUUCACGAGCGUCUUGAUGAACAUUUGGCUAGGUUCUGGAAAAUCGACGAAGUCCAGCAGGUCGAGAGCUAUUCGGUGGAGGAAAAGCAAGUCGAAAAGCAUUUCGUGGCUACGCAUUCUCGCGAUCCAACAGGUCGUUUUAUCGUCAAACUACCGUUUAAGCAGGAAUCUUUAUGUUUGGGGAACUUUAAGGACAUUGCACUUAAACGCUUCCACAGUCUGGAACGUAAAUUACACAAACAGCCACGAUUAUCAGAACAAUAUACGCAAUUCAUCACGGAGUACUUUCACUUAGGUCACAUGUCCGUUGCUGCACCAGACGACAAUGGACUCCAGACAUCAUAUUACCUGCCACAUCAUUCGGUACUAAAGGAAGAUAGCUUGUCUACCAAACUCCGGGUUGCGUUUAACGCGUCAGCGAAGACAACAUCAGGCAAAUCACUGAAUGAUAUUUGA